AUUACUAUUCUGUCCAAAUGGAAGGUACCCAUCAAGGAAAAGAGGAUUUGGCGGCAGCCAACCGCAAAUUCUGGAAUGAUCACGGGCGCGAAGUAUUUAAGCAGCAGUGGGUGCUCGAUAUGUCCAAGAAAGUCAGCGAUGCCCUUUCCAACAGCGUUCAGUGGAUGGGUGUCCGAGGUCGGUCAGAGGGCAGCGCUCCUGUGAAGCUUCUGGACUAUGCGUGCGGCUAUGGCAUGGUUUCGAGCACUCUCCUGGGUCAAUUCGACAUCAUCAGGGGCAUAGACAUCUCCGAAGCCAGCGUUGCGUCCUACAACGAGCUUGCCCAGAAGUCUGGUGUCCCAGUUGAGAAAAUGCAUGCUGUUCAGGGCUCUAUCCCACCACCGUUGGACAACACGCUGCUCACCACAGAAGAGUUCUUCGAUUUUGACCUAAUAGCAAUCAGUAUGGCCCUUCAUCAUAUUGAAGAUCAAGCUGGCGUUCUCUCUGGUCUUUAUGAACGCCUGCGAAGUGGCGGUGUCUUGGUUGUCAUAGAUUUGGCUCCAGAGACUCACUCCCAUAACCACGCUCAAGAUAGCGAAUGCGGUGACCAUGACGAUUAUCACACCCAGCAUAAAGCUCGGGUCCGGCACACAAUUUCGAGACAUGGCGGAUAUGGAAUUGAAGAUAUGAGAGACCUUCUGUAUAAAGCUGGCUUUGUUCCCGAAAGCUUUGACUACCAGCUAUAUCCCAAUACAUCACCGCAUGCGUCCAAUAUCCCUG